UUUCAUGCGCAUCAGAAAUUGCCUCUUGCAGCGAAGUUGGGAAUGCCACCCAAAACCUUUCCUGCAACAACUGGUUCAGUCAUUUAAGCUGAUGAGAUCAUGACUGAAACAUUAGAUCUGAUGGAUGUAUAUGGUACAGGGUUAAAGAAUGAAAUUGGCGAAUACAAUUGCUUUUUAAAUGUCAUUAUUCAGUCUUUGUGGCACUUACAAUGGUUUCGAGAUGAAUUUUUGAGGAGGUCAUUAUCAAAACAUGUACAUGUUGGGGAUCCUUGUGUUGUAUGUGCAUUAUAUGAUAUUUUUUCUGCUCUGAACACUGCUUCAGUGGAUGCACGAAGAGAAGCUGUUGCCCCUACUUCCCUGAGAAUUGCUCUUAGCAACCUCUAUCCAGAUAUUAAUUUCUUCCUAGAAGUAAAUCUUUGAGCUGUUUCUGGUG